GCAACUGUGCUCCACUGGCGAUCUUCAACAGACGGCGCACACCACAAUUCCUCAGCCUGUUUCGGCAACAUCACAGGAUCACCAGGAAUCGAGUUCACGCAAUGACAACGACCCUUGACCAGACUAUUACUGCACUCGAGAUCAGUGGAGACAAGUGCGAUGCUGAUCCACCGGCUGCGUUGUCGCUGAAGGCGGAUGAGGAACACCCGAAGUCACAGCCAAAAACGCACGCGGACGAGGACGACGCGGACAACGCUAACUGCCAGGAUAAUAAGGGCAACGCAAAAAAUACCGGAAAUUCAGAGGACGAAAGUGAAGGAGGAGAACAGUCCAGUCCAGGAGCAGCAGCAGAGGAUGAUGAAGAGGGAGGAGAAGAAGAGGAGGUCGACUACGAAACGCAGCGUCAGCGCAACAUCUUGAAGAACCAGCAGCUCAUGAUGGAGCUCGGACUUAGUCCUGCAUUACUCCGAAAGAGCUCUACCGUUCAGACCAAACCUGCAAAGGACGGGAAUUUUGAUGACGAUGACGAAUACACAGAGGAGCCAGGACAGGCCCGGAAACGUAUGAGGGUUCCCAAGCAGUCUUAUCAGAUCAUUCGAACAGAUGCCGUACAGACAAGGUCAUCCAAGAGGAUACGAGGCGAGGCUGCGAUACAACACAAUGUAGAUCUAGAGGCACUCGAGAAAGGGCUGGUACUGAAUUUGAAUGGGAAGGAGAAAGAAGAAGAUCAGUCGAGUUCAGUGCCACCAGAGAAACUGGGUUCGUACUCGAAAAAGAUCCGAUGGAGAGGCUUCAAACAAACUACAGGAUACACAGUCGAGGCAGAGAUCCCAUGCGCAGCCGCGCCAUUGACACUGGGAAGCAUAGCGACGACAAUUUGGGACAUCGGAAAGCUAUACACAGGGAAAGAAAACCGAUUGCGGUACUGGAGCGGAAAAGGAAGUCUUUUUCGUCAUCCAUAUCCGAUUGGUUUCAAGGCAGAAAAGUACCAUUUUCGGGAUCGGUACACGAUGCAUAUCAAAGAAGGACCUGAUGGGCCCAUCUUUAUUGUGGAGUCCGCGAGUGGGACAGUCUACGAGGGAAACUCACCAACACUUCCAUGGACCAAAGUAUGUCUGGACAGCUACUCCAAGGGAACACGGAUCAGCGGGCCCUUAUUUUUCGGCUUUUCGGACCCAAUUACGCAAAAGAUGAUCGAGGAUCUGGAUGGAUACCAAAAUUGGGAGACCGUUGUGGCAGAAGUUGAAGCAGAGGAGCAAGCCCGGCGGCAAGCACUAUUAGCCAAGGAGGAUAAUUGAGCCGUAUACCAGAAGACUGAUCCGUAAUAUAAACAUGUUCACAUAUUCGCAUUUCACAUACUUUAUGAACACGCUUAUCGCAUUAAAGCACAUACAGC